CAUGCUCCACGACACCUCGACACGCCCUUGGACGCCAACUGGCCAACUCGCCGAUCCACUCAACUGUCAUUGCGUCAGUCACUAAUCACUUCUUCAAGUGUCCACACGGAAACCGAGUGCUUGACACACCAACAUGGUGGCACAUUUUGGCAGCUUGUCCCUUUCAAGCGCACGAUGGCGAAGUGUGUCCGAGUUGCUUGUGCUGGCCACGGAUCAACUUCACUCACAUGCUCUCUCUUUGUCAUUAGGCCCAGUCACACAUCUUCCUUCCUCUCUCUCUCUCUCCCUAUGACACACCUCCCCACCUCGUUAGGCGGCUACGGGGCGAGGGGGGUGGGAGAGGGUGGGACUAGAGGCGCGGAUUAG